AUGGCAUCCGUUUUAAAAGGCCACGUUGUACCAACGUUUAUAAUAGUUUGGCAAUGGUUUGCUAUUAGUCGCAUAUCAGUGAACGCAGACGGCAACCAGAAAUGGCAGCUAACGAAGAGUACCGUCUUGCAAAGAAGCAUACACAUGUACAACAAUCCUUUCAUGAGCGAUAUCAAGUUUAUUUACAAAGAUUGUUAUGGCGGCGAUGAAUUACACGCUCAUAAAUACAUGUUGGCCACGAGCAGCCCUGUAUUUCACCAAAUGUUCUACGGAGACUCACCAAUAAAUGACCCGGUUAUUGACCUUUCAGAUAUUAGCAAAGACGUACUGGCAGCCUUCUUAGCUUUUCUUUAUAAAGAUGAAUGUCCCGAAGAUAUCGGCAUAACCUUCGAAGUUCUGCGUUUGACAAAGAAAUACGAAACUCCUUCGUUUGAUGAAGCAUGUAGGAAUGAUUUGGAACAGAGAAUAACAAUAACGCAAGCAUUUGAAUUUCUUGAAAAAUUUUUAGAAUUACGAGAACACACAAUGACCGAAGUAUGCUGGCAGUAUAUAGACAGACAUACAAGUACAUUCUUCGCUUCAGAAUAUUUCCUGAAGAUUCAGCAACCCACUUUGGACGCUUUACUUGCACGCGAUACACUUGAGUCAAACGAAAGGGCAAUAUUCGAAGCCGUAGUAAGAUGGGCUGAUAACCAAUGUUCUUUACGAAACUUGGAGCAAACCUGUGAAAAUAGGAGAGAAAUUCUUGGUGAUGCAAUUUAUAAAAUUCGCUUUCACACAAUGACGGAAAGUGAAUUUUCUGAAUUCUCCGGAGAAAUAUUCAGAGUAAAACUAAUUUUAACUAAUGACGAGGUGGUUUAUUUUCAUACAGCAAUCAAGGGAAAGAGUGUACGAAACAUGAAAUGGGACUUGUCAAAGAAAAAACGUGAAAUGAGUACUUAUUUGGAACGACUAUUAGAAGGGAAUGAAAAAGGAUUUUUUGUCGCCGUAUUUGUUUUGUUUAUAUUUUCUUUAUUGACCGGGAACGAAUUAUUUACUCUUUUGCGUCUUUUAAUUUUCUUUUGUGCGAUCGGCAUUUUGUAUUUUUGGCCCAAUAUUGCCUACAAGUUGAUCCCAAAUUUUGUGGUUAAAUGGUUGUAG